AUGACUCGCACCACCACAUUCCUCCUGGUAUGCCUGGUGGGCUUAAUUCUCUUCGCCUCACCAGCGGCAGCAUUUGGAGCGGGUAAUAUUGCCUCGAUCUCGAAGAUCGAAGGCCACAAUUGGUAUAACAUCUCCGAGAGAAGAUCAGGGAAACGGUGCUAACGAGCUGUCAGGCGGCAUGGAGACAUCGAGGAUCUCCUCGAGACAGUCGCCUUCAUACAUGGCCAUAAAUGGACUAGCAUGAUGAUCAAGAGAGCCUACUUCGGGAACUGGCUGCGAGACUACUCCCAGGCUGUCGACGUCGGCACCCUCAAAGGUGUCCCCGCAGAUACCAUUCGUGUGCUUGUCUGGGUACUGGGUGAGGAUACUUACUCUCGGCCCGGAUUCUUUCAUCUCCUGUGCUAACUACUUUUAGCCUUCAUGUCAUUUGGCUACGCCACCGUGGAAUUCGAGGUUACCUCCGAGCGCCUGGGCGUAUACAGGCCCGAGGAACACAUUGACAACCCCAAGGACUAUGCCGACAAUGCCGAUGCCCGACAGUUCGACCAGAGGCUACGUGGCCCAGUCCAACCAAUCGAGCUACAGAUCGAUCCGAACACGGGAAUGAAGAACUACAUCGCCAACGAAAAGCUGCAGAUUGCAACAUCCUUGGGAUACAUCAGAUGGAGCUUCGCCAGGAGCAUCCAUUUCGGUCGAUGCUACACCCGCGGUGUCAACAAGGGCCGCGAAGAAGAUUUGUGUGAAGCUUUGCGUUGUCUGGGCCAAGGACUGCACUGCGCGGAGGACUUCGGUGCACAUACCAACUAUACCGAGCUGGCUUUACGCGAAAUGGGCUUCCACAACGUUUUCCCACACGUCGGUACAAAUACUAUGAUCAACUUACGGGGCAAACAGGUCUACCCGCUGGUUACUGGUACCUUUGGAGGAGUGGACUUCUUGCAUAGCGUUCUGGGCGAGGCAACAGAUCAUGUCACGCAGACUGAGGUCAACCAGACGGAGGUGGACCAGCUCAAUGCCGCCCUCUCACAGGCCGAAUCUGGUGGAAAGCGAGGAGGAGGCGACAGCAGUGGGAACGGCUUGGGCGGGCUCACCUCUCUGCUCGCAAACAUUCCAGGCACAGGUUCUCUGGUUCAAGAAGCACAGGGCUUGCAGGCAUCGGCUGAUGCAGAGGCUGCGCACAAUGCUCAGCAAGGCUAUCCCGGCACCCGUGGUAUGGACGAAUCCUAUGCGCCGUAUGGUCAGGAGUAUGGAAGCCGCGCGGCCGCGCCAGGACAGCCUGCAGCUCCUCAACAGACACCCCAAUUCCCAGCUCCCCCAAAAGUCGAUCCUGCGGCUGUCAUCAAGAAAAUCUAUCCCAUCCUCGCCUUCCGCGACAAAGUCGUCCGCCAGAUCUCCGCGAUCGUGUCCAAAAUUCCCGGCCUGGAGAAGAUGAUCGACACCAUCACAGAGAAAGUGACACUCUUCGUCAUGGGUCUCCUAGCACCGUUCAUCAAGCCAGUCAUUGCAUCCGCGAGCAACGCACUAAAGCAAGGCUCUGGCACUGUCGUCAACUCUUCGGCUCAACAACAAUACGUUGUCUGGUCUGACCCCACCUCGUCUGAUCCAACACAUUCCAUGCUCUCCAAGGACCACUUCUCCAACAUUCUCAAUGAGCCUGCUGGAGAGAUGGCCGCCUGUAUUCUACAAUAUGUGGCGCCACGUGUGAUAUACGGAUGGGAGCACCCAGAAGUACCUGAGCAUGAGAUCUUAGACGAUGUUGCUCGCGUCUUCCACCACCCUGCUGCGAGGGAUCAUAAUAUUGAGAUCCAGCAGAAGAUGUUUGCGGUCGUUGAAAAGUGGGUCAAUCAGCGAUCCGAUCGAGGUAAGUCAUCCCCCGAGAGACUGACCUCUCAGAUGGAAGUCAAGAUCCCUGAUCCCUCCGCGCAAUUGCAAGACUGACUCUAUCAAUAGGUCAGGGGCUCAAUGAUAUCCUUUCUUCCGAGUCUGUGAGAGCUGGCAAGAACCACCAGGUGCAAAACCUUCAACAGGCAUUCUCGGAGACUCAGCAAUUUGCCCAGCAGCACGGAAUCGGGGUCGGCUCGGGGACGUCCUCGCAUAGCGCCACCGCUGGUGGUGUAUUCGAUAUGCUGAAUCGCCGUCGCGACUUGGGUGAACAAUACGUACCCGAGGGAACUUACUCCUCUUAUCCUUCUGCGCCGGCCACAUACGAUCAGGCCAGCGCCAGCUACCCGAGCGCCUACCAACAGGGCUACGAAGCGCCAUACCAACACCCAUCUCGAGGUGGAUACGGUCACGGUCAGCAGGGCUAUCAAGGAGGCUAUCAAGGGUAUGGAGGCGGAAGCGGAUUCGGAGGCUACUAG